AUGUUCAAAUGCAGUCAGUGCCAUUCGGUUUUUACCCGUAAGGAUAAUUUAUCUAGGCAUCAAAAAACUCAUACAGGUAUACGUUUUCCAUGUACCGUAUGCCACUUGUUAUUUUCAUACAAAACCACUCGCAAUAAAAAUAUGAAAAAUGUUCAUGGAAUCGCUCACGCCCCGGCUCAAAAAAAUAUUCAGAUUGCCCCGCAAAUAUUUGUCCCCGAUCUCCCGGCCGGUGGAUCGAACACCGUGUCUGAAGACGAAAUAUGUAUGAUGGCUAUGGAUACUUUCGAAAAUCAAGACUUGGCAGCCGAUAUUGCAGUGGUCUGUGAAGCGAUCAAUGGUAUAAUAGUUGGAUUAUUCCGGCAUUGCACCGGUUGUCAGACCGUUUGGUACAUUUAA